AUGAAUAAAUUAAAUACACUUAAAUCUUGUGCACUAAACAUUGUAAGAAAUCAUAAAAAUUAACGCUAUCACUUUUCUAACAAAAAAAUAAUAAAAUCUCCCCUCUUGACUAGAGAUUUUAUUUACGACAGGUUAUACAAUUCUGAUUCAGGUUACUUUUGCAAAGAUGAUCUAUAGAUUGGAGAAAUGAAGCAACCAAUUAAUUUUAAGGAAUUGCUUGGCUAUGAAGAAUAUUAGCGCUAGCUGAGCGAAUAUUAUCCAGAAAAUGCUUGGCUAACUCCAAGUGAAAUUUUUAAGCCUUACUACGGAAUGUCAAUAGCUAAUUAUAUGCAAUAGACUAUUGAAAAAAUGAAAUUAUAAUACCAAGAACAACAGUCAUCACGCAAAAACAACUCCUCUUAAGUUUAGGCUAAACCAUUUGACGAUAAAAUUCGUAUUGUAGAAAUAGGAGCUGGUCAAGCAAGUGCAGCUUAAUCUAUAUUAAUGUAUUUUAAAAAUUAUGAGUAGAGUUACUAUGCAAAUUUAGAAUAUACUAUUGUAGAAAUUUCUCCUUAAAUGUGUAAGAAAGCUCUAGAAAAGUUAUCAAGAGAUCAUUCUAAGUUAAUAGAACGUGGAUAGAUAAAGUUCAUAAAUGAUGAUUUCGUUAAUUUUAAACCUUAGAAUCGUGAUUAGCACUAUUUUUUACUUUUCUUAGAAGUAUUAGAUAAUAUGCCUCAUGAUAGAAUAUAUAAGAAAAAAAAUACUUAGGAAGAUAUUUGGGAAAAAUAAGCUUAAGUUGAAUUUACAGAUGAGUUUGGAAAUGAAGGACUUAAGGAAGUAUAAACUGACAUCAAAGAUCCUUUGAUACAAGAAUUUAUUCAAAUUUUGAAGACUGUACCUACUCUUGAUCACAUAGAAGAAGAAAAGAAUCUUUAGGGUGGAAUAAUCUAAAACGUAAUAAGAUGGCUUUUUAAAUAACCUAAAGAUAACAUGUUUAUUCCUACUUUUUGCUUGAAAGUGCUCAAACAUAUAAACUCUAAUAUUCCUAACCAUAAUGUCAUUUUUGCAGAUUUCGAUAUGCUAAAAACAGCUGAGAGUGCAAAAAUGGGUAUAAAUGCCCCUAUUGUUUCUUAAAAGUUAUCUAAAUCACAUGAAAAAAAAGACUUUUCAACAUAUUUGGUGCAAAGAGGUUAAGCUGACAUUUUUUUCCCUACUGACUUCAGGCUUUUAUCGCAUUUAUAUAAAUAAGUUUGCAAUAAAAAAGGAAAGGCCAUAAAAAGUUACCAAUUUAUGGAUAUUUAUAGCAAAGAAAAAUGGGCAGAAACAAAGAGUGGGUAUAACCCAUUGAAAGAAGAUUUCGAAAACACUUCUUUCUUUAUCACAGACGUCGAAAGAAAUAAAUGA